AUGGCCAACAAUCUAGCUAUCGCAAAUACCAUGUUCAAGCAGAAGAAGGCAGGAUGCAGACCAGGCAGGGCUACGACGGACCAAAUAUUCACCCUCAGACAAAUAUCUGAAAAAUACCUGGAAAAGAAUAGAAGCCUGUACUGCUGCUAUAUCGACUUUCAGAAGACUUUUGAUUCGGUAUGGCAGAAGGGUCUGUGGAAGGCGAUGGGAUGUUUUGGCUAUCCUAGCAAGCUGAUACGACUGCUACAAGCACUGUACGAACAAUCCCGGAGUGCGGUCAGAGUAAAUGGAGAGCUGACAGAGUGGUUCAAGACAACCGUUGGAGUCAGGCAGGGGUGA